AUGUCACAGGACAAUUUUGAUUUCAAGUUUAGCCAGUGUUUCGGCGAUAAAGCUGAUAUUGUAGUUACCGAGGCAGAUAUUAUAACUGCAGUUGAAUUUGAUCAUUCAGGAGAUUAUUUGGCUACAGGUGAUAGGGGUGGUCGUGUGGUUUUAUUCGAGAAAAACAAUAGUAAACAUUGUGAGUACAGAUUUCUCACAGAAUUUCAAAGUCAUGAUGCAGAGUUUGAUUACUUGAAAUCUUUAGAAAUUGAAGAAAAAAUCAACCAGAUUAAAUGGUUACGUCCUUCCCAAAGAUCCCAUUUUAUACUGAGCACCAAUGAUAAGACGAUAAAGCUUUGGAAAGUCUAUGAGAAGAAUGUUAAAUUGGUCAGUGAAAAUAACCUCUCCGAUGGAAUGGCAUUACCAAGAUUCGCAGGCAGCCAUAGUGGGAAUAACGGCAAUGGUGGGGGUGGAUCUGCUAGAGCAGUUUUAUCACUACAAAAUUUAAAAUUACCAAGAUUGUCUCAGCACGAUAAGAUUAUAGCGGCUGCCCCCAAGAAAGUUUACUCGAACGCUCAUACUUAUCACAUCAAUUCGAUAUCACCAAAUUCCGAUCAAGAGACAUUUUUAAGUGCAGAUGACCUCAGAAUUAACCUUUGGAAUUUAGAUAUUCCUGAUCAAUCCUUUAACAUUGUUGACAUCAAACCUGCUAAUAUGGAAGAAUUGACAGAGGUUAUCACAAGUGCAGAAUUCCACCCCUUACAUUGUAAUUUGUUCAUGUAUUCUUCUUCAAAGGGGACGGUCAAGCUUUGUGACAUGAGACAAAAUGCUCUUUGUGACUAUAAAACAAAGACUUUUGAAGAGUAUCUUGAUCCAAUUAAUCACAAUUUCUUCACAGAAAUCACGUCAUCGAUAUGCGAUGUUAAAUUUAGUCCUGAUGGUAGAUACAUUGCAUCAAGGGAUUAUUUAACGGUAAAAAUUUGGGAUGUUAAUAUGGAUAGUAAACCAUUAAAGACAAUAAAUGUUCACGACCAGUUAAAGGAAAGGUUAAGUGAUACUUAUGAAAAUGAUGCUAUCUUUGAUAAAUUUGAAGUCUGCUUUAGUGGUGAUAGUUCAAGUGUAAUGACUGGUUCUUACAAUAACAAUUUUAUGAUUUAUCCUAACGUGAUAUCGACUGGUGAUGAUAGCGGUGGAGUCGUUAAAAAUUUCAAUGAUAAUAGCCGUAAAGUUCAGUUUAACGAUAAGAAGAAAGGUAGUUUUAGCAGUAGUAAUUCAUCGAACGGUUCUAGGGCGUCAUCAUCAUAUCGUCGUGGUAGUAAUGGUAGCCGAAGCAGCUUUGAUGAUCCAACAUCAACAGCAUCUUCACAACAACAAAACCCAUCAUCAAAUAUACAACAGCAACAGCAACAACAACAUUCGCAUCAACAACAGGAAAACAAUAAGGAAAUUGUGCUUCAAGCGGAUAAAAGCGCCUUUAAGAGCAAAAGAUUUGGAACAUUAUCACAAAGGUCGGCUAGAAAUAAAGAAUGGGGGGAUGAUAUCGAUUUUAAGAAAAGUAUUUUACAUUUUUCAUGGCACCCUCGAGAAAAUAGCAUUGCUAUCGCGGCAACAAAUAAUUUGUUCAUCUUUUCUGCAUCCUAA